AUGUCUUACCCAGCUCUUACCGGCGGCACCGGCCGCAACAUAGACAUGACACGAUCCGAGUCUGACCUGGCGGUCAACAUCCGCAAAGCCACGAGUAUCGAGGAGACCGCCCCCAAACGCAAACAUGUCCGAAGCUGUAUUGUGUACACCUGGGACCACAAGUCCUCCUUAUCCUUCUGGGCGGGCCUAAAGAUCCAGCCGAUUCUGGCAGACGAGGUGCAGACCUUCAAGGCUCUGAUUACCAUACACAAGGUGUUGCAGGAGGGCCAUCCGGUGACAGUGAAAGAGGGACAGCAGAAUGUGAACUGGAUAGAGAGUUUGGCAAGAGGUGUGACUGGCGAAGGCCUACGAGGAUACGGACCGCUCAUCAGAGAGUACGUCUUCUUCCUGCUCGCGAAGCUGGCAUUCCACCGACAACAUCCUGAAUUCAACGGUCUAUUUGAGUAUGAGGAGUAUAUCAGUCUGAAAUCAAUCAACGACCCCAAUGAGGGUUAUGAGACGAUCUCCGAUCUGAUGACCCUGCAAGAUCAGAUUGAUACCUUUCAGAAGCUCAUCUUCUCUCACUUCCGGGGCGGUGCAAACAAUGAGUGCAGAAUCGCAGCUUUGGUGCCGCUGGUGCAGGAAAGCUAUGGCAUUUACAAAUUCAUCACCAGUAUGCUUCGAGCCAUGCAUACGACCACAGGCGAUGACGACGCUCUCGAGCCACUACGUACACGAUACGACGGACAGCAUUAUCGCCUGGUCAAAUUCUACUACGAGUGCUCCAACCUUCGAUACCUCACCUCCUUGAUCACCGUACCUAAACUACCUCAAGAUCCUCCCAGCCUCCUCGCCGAAGACGAAGAAAAGCCUGCGCUGCCGAGGCGACCCACGAAAGAGAUCGAGCAAGCGCCGUCACCUGUUGCAAAGAAUGGCACACCAGAUCCGAGAGAUAUGGAUGAUUUCUGGUCAAGAGAAGCUCAGAGACAACAAGAUGAGUACGAAGCAGAACAGCGACGCUUGCAGCAACAGUGGGAAGACCAGCAGAGGCAACAAAUGCUCUCCCAGCAAGAAGCGCAGCGUGCGUUUGAGGAACAGCAGAGAAUGCAGGCUGAGCAACAACGAGUUGCCCAGGAACAACUCAUGCGUGAUCAAUAUCAAGCUCAAACUCAGGGUCGCAUGGCUGAGCUGGAACGGGAAAAUCUGAAUGCACGUGCACAGUAUGAGCGAGAUCAAUUGAUGCUGCAACAGUACGACCAGAGAAUGAAAGCGCUGGAGGAACAGUUGCAGCAGCUGAACAACAACUUUCACAUGCAGUCGCAGUCGAAGGACGAUCAGAUCUCAUCUCUACAAGAGCAAGUCAACACCUGGCGGUCCAAGUAUGAAGCAUUGGCGAAACUGUAUUCUCAAUUGCGACAAGAACAUCUCGACCUUCUACAGACCACCAAAUCACUAAAGCUGAAAGCUGCUUCAGCGCAAGAGGCCAUCGACCGCCGAGAACGGCUGGAGCGAGAAAUGAAGACCAAGAACCUGGAAUUGGCGGACAUGAUCAGAGAACGUGAUCGCGCACUCCACGAAAAGGACCGUUCUCAAGGCGGCCAUCGUGAGGAGCUCGAGAAGUUGAAGCGAGAGCUGAGACUCGCCCUGGAAAGAGCCGAGAAUGCGGAAAAGUCCAAGGGCUCGGAAUUGUCUUCGAUGCUUGCCAAAUACAACCGUGAGAUGGCCGAUCUUGAAGAGGCUGUGCGGACCAAGACCAGACAACUUGAAGACAUUCGAUCGAAGCACGGCGAGCGCAGUUCGGACCACGAGGCUGAACUCCGUGAAAAAGAUGACGAGAUUGAAAUCUACAAGUCCGGCAUGGAACAGGCUUUGGAAGAAUUGGAAGAGCUCAAAUUGGGCGGUGGUGAAGCUGACGGUGCCCUCGACGGUGCCAUUGAUGAAGUCAUCAAGAGCAACAUCAACAAGAUCAACGACAUUAUUGAUUCUGUCCUCCAGAGUGGCGUGCAGAGAGUCGACGACGCUAUGUACGAACUCGACUCUCCCAUGCAGGCUGGUAACCAGAACGCUACGGCACCAUAUGUGCUGUCGCAAAUCGAAAAGGCAUCGGCCAGCGCCACGGAGUUCUCGACCGCGUUCAACAACUUUGUCGCCGAUGGACCGAACAGUGACCAUUCAGACAUCAUCAAGACAGUGUCCGUCUUUGCGGCUUCCAUAGCCGAUGUUCUGUCCAACACCAAGGGUCUGACCCGCUUCGCAACCGAAGAAAAGAAAGGCGAUCAAUUGACAGAUGCUGCGAGACAGUCUGCUCUUUCGACCAUCAGCUUUUUCCGAAGCCUACAGUCAUUCAGAUUGGAAGGACUUGAGCCCAUGCAGAAGAGCGACGUGGUCAUCAACAACAAUCACGAUGUUCUCAUGAAAUUGCAGAAAUUGUCCAAGCUGGCUGAUGCCUUCGCACCCAAGGGCAGCAAGAUCAGCACAUCCGGCGACUUGGGCGACCUUGUAGACUCUGAGUUGACCAAGGCUGCCAACGCCAUCGAGGCCGCCGCGGCGCGUCUAUCCAAGCUGAAGAACAAGCCGCGAGAUGGCUACUCUACGUACGAAUUGAAGGUCAACGAUACGAUCCUCGAAGCAGCCAUUGCGGUCACCAAUGCUAUUGCGCAAUUGAUCAAGGCAGCAACGGACUCGCAGAACGAGAUUGUAAAAGAAGGGCGUGGUUCAUCUUCACGGACGGCCUUCUACAAGAAGAACAACCGAUGGACCGAAGGAUUGAUCUCAGCAGCUAAGGCUGUGGCCACGUCGACGAACACUCUCAUUGAGACGGCGGAUGGAGUCAUUAAUGGACGCAAUAGCCCUGAACAGUUGAUCGUGGCAUCGAACGAUGUCGCAGCCAGCACAGCACAGCUUGUUGCGGCAAGCAGAGUCAAGGCUUCGUUCAUGUCCAAGACACAAGAUCGGCUGGAGCAGGCCUCGCGGGCUGUGGGCUCGGCUUGUCGUGCACUGGUCAGACAGGUGCAGGACAUUAUCAAGCAAAAGCAACGAGAUGAUGGCGAUAAUGUGGAUUAUGCUUCGCUGAGCGGGCAUGAAUUCAAGGUGCGGGAGAUGGAGCAGCAGGUUGAGAUUCUUCAGCUGAGAAAUGCGCUUGACGCUGCGAACGGGCGGUUGAGUGAGAUGCGUAAGAUCUCCUACCGGGAAGAUUAA